AGCUCAUUUUGAUACCUCGAUUUUGUUAUAGUCAUGUCUUUGCCCAUUUCAGAACUUUGAAAACCCUUUUAGUAUACAUUUUUUUACAUGCAUAGUAGUUCUUGAACAGGGUUUUGCCGAUUUUACAGGAACCUAGUUUUGGCUUCUGAUAAAAAAAAAAAAAAAGUGACUGUAAUGUUAAGUGUUGUAGUUUAGGACUGAUAGAGUAUAAUCUUUUCAUUGUCUAAAAUGGUGAACGUUUUUAUAACCUGCCUUGCUGCUUGUCUGUUGCACAUAUUGCCCAGUGCACCUACCUCCAUUUCUUGGUGCUAUCAUAAGGCUUCAUGUAGUGACCUCGUUUGGCCCAUAAUCGCAGAAAAAGACUGUAAUGGAACUCAACAGUCUCCCAUAGACAUUGUAACCACCAAUGUGCAGGCUAAUACUACUCUGACUCCUUUCACCUUUACCGGCUACAAUCAAGAUGCAACCUUAACUGAAAUCACAAACACUGGCACCACAAUUCAAGUUACACUUGAUCACAAGAAAAUGCAUGUGGAAGGAGGUGGUCUGCCAGGCCUGUUUGCAAGUACUCAGUUUCACUUUCACUGGGGUAAUGGCAGCACCACACCUGGAUCUGAACAUCGUGUGAAUGGCAAACAAUACCCUAUGGAGUUGCAUAUCGUGAGUAAGGCUGAACACAAUGGCAGUCUGCCCAAUGAUUCGAUAUUAGCAGCUUUUGGUUUCUUCAUUGAGGCCUCUAAUGACACUGGGAAACCAGAGAGCUGGAAAAUCUUAACGUCUAAUCUCACAGAAAUUGCCAGUGCAGGUGAUAAAACGCGUGUUUCCGACAAGCUCACCAUGGAUGAUUUGCUUUCUGGAGUGGACCGUACUAAGUAUUACCGCUAUCUUGGGUCUUUGACUACACCAAACUGCGACGAAGGUGUAAUUUGGACCAUCUUUAAAGACCCCAUUAAAGUCAGCCAAGAUUUGAUUGACCUCUUCACUACGACUGUCUACAUCAACAAAACCUCCAACUCCCCUCUAAUGACCAACACGUUCAGGGGUGUUCAGCCCAUCAAUGGCAGGAUUGUGAUGUCCCAGAUAGCGGGUACCAAAAUUACUGGCCUCCUAAUGCCAACAUCGGCUAACAAAACCUCUGCUAUUAUAAUGCCAACAUCGGCUAACAAAACCACUGCUAGUAUAAAGCCAACAUCGGCUAACAAAACCACUGCUAUUAUAAAGCCAACAUCGGCUAACAAAACCACUGCUAUUAUAAUGCCAACAUCGGCUAACAAAACCACUGCUAGUAUAAAGCCAACAUCGGCUAACAAAACCACUGCUAUUAUAAAGCCAACAUCGGCUAACAAAACCACUGCUAUUAUAAUGCCAACAUCGGCUAACAAAACCACUGCUAGUAUAAAGCCAACAUCGGCUAACAAAACCACUGCUAGUAUAAAGCCAACUCCGGCUACCAAAACCACUGCUAUUAUAAAGCCAACAUCUGCUACCAAAACUACUGGCCUUAAGCCAAAAUUGGGUCUUAAAACUACUAGAAUUUUAAAGCCAGCAUCAACCGCAACAACCCUAUCCCAGGCUUACAUUUUUCCUCUGAGUGUCGUUAUGCUGUACGUUGUUCUAUCUUUGUAAAUGGUUCACAAAAUGCUGAGAUUAAGAUGGCAUAAUGUUAUUUGUAUAAAAAAAAAACCAUCUGCAAUGUCAAUUUUUAACGGAUUUAAUGUUGUAAAGGUUUAAUUUCAUUGUAUUCAAAUGUUUCCUUGUUUUUGGCUAGUUUCCUGAGAUGGUUUAAUAUGAAACUGCCUUUCAGGUUGUGCACUACAGGUCUUAUUUGGUUGGAGUACUGGGUGUGUUUCAUAGGGGGUUAAAUGUUUGACUUUCAUGCACAUUUUUGAAAGCGUUUGAGCUGCUUGUAGUCUUUGCAUAAAUGCACUUAUUGUAACAUGACUUUAGUGUCUGCUUUACAGAUUGAAAUGCAAUGGUUUUUGAACAAUGUAGGCAACAUGCUUAGGAUGUGUCACUGAGUCAACCUCUUAAUUAAAAAAAAAAA